GUAGACGCACGUUAUUUGUCCGUAUUAUUUUCCUCCUCUCGCCGCUUCACUCUCCAGUCCAGCGCGUGGCGCUAAAACACUCGUUUAUUUGACAAACACCAUUAAACCUCAGAGGAAGAAGAUUAGUUUCACCGCGCUCUCCGUUGUUUUGUUGUGAUGCUGGUUUAAUACAAACGGUUAGAAAUGUUUCUGUGAAUAGACAAAUACAGUUUUUGAAUCAGGUCAGUAAAUAUCUGUAAUAUCCUCACAGUCGUGACUAAGUGUUGAAGCAGGAAUAUCUGGAGGAGUAUCAUCUGAACUGAGAUCUGCUGCUGUGAAGAUGGAGUUUGUUAAAGAAGAGAGUGAAGAGAUCACAAUUGAACCAGAAACUUGGAGAAUAAAACACGAGGAACCAGAAACCUGCAUAUCUCACGAGGAACAAGGAGGACUGAUGAAAAUGAAAGAAGAAAGACGAGAUCUGAAAGAAGUGGAUGAGAAAUAUCUGGAUAAGAAUGUUCCUGAUGUCAAUGAGGAAAAAUCUGCGAGUUGCAGCAUUAAAAAAACAGAAAUCAAAAGGCCUUUCAGCUGCUCUCAGUGUGGAAACACUUUCACAUGUAACAGAAAUCUUAAGGAUCACAUGUUAAUUCAUGAUGGAAAAAAGCCUGUCUUGUGCUCUCAGUGUGGAAAAAGGUUCACAUGUAACAGAAAUCUUAAGAAUCACAUGGUAAUUCAUGAUGGGAUAAAGCCUUUCAACUGCUCUCAGUGUGGAAAGAGUUUUACACAGAAAGCAAGCUUAAAGAAUCACAUGUUAAUUCAUGCUGGGAUAAAGCCUUUCAGCUGCUCUCAGUGUGGAAAGAGUUUUAUACAGAAAAUACAACUUAAGAAUCAUUUGUUAACUCACACUUCAGAAAAGCCUUACAGCUGCUCUCAGUGUGAAAAGAGUUUCACAUGUAAAUCAAGCCUUGAGAACCACAUGUUAAUCCAUACUGGGAUAAAGCCUUUCAUCUGCUCUCAGUGUGGAAAGAGUUUUACAUAUAAAGUAAACCUUGAGAACCACAUGUUAAUACAUACUGGAAAAAAGCCUUUCAUCUGCUCUGAGUGUGGAAAGAGUUUUACAACCAAAUUAUCCCUUAAGAGGCACAUGGUAAUUCAUACUGGGAAAAAGCCUUUUUCCUGCUCUCAGUGUGGAAAGUGUUUUACAACCAAAGUACACCUUAAGAGGCACAUGGUAAUUCAUGAUGGGAUAAAGCCUUUCAGCUGCUCUCAGUGCGGAAGGAGUUUUACACAUAACUCAAGCCUUAAGAGGCACAUGUUUAUACAUUCUAGAAAAAAGUCUUUCUCCUGCUCUCAAUGUGGAAAGACUUUUACACAAAAAGGACAACUUAAGACUCAUUUGGUAGCUCACACUUCAUAAAAGCCUUUCAUCUGGUCUCUCAGUGUGGAAAGUCUUUGGCAUGUAAAGGAUACCUUGAGAAUAACAUGUUAAAGGGGUCAUUGAAUUCCCAUUUUCCACAAGUUUAUAUGAUUCUUUAGGGUCUUAAUAAAAAGUCUAUAACAUUGGUUAAAAUUUCUCAACUGUACUGUAAAACAACACCAUUUUUACCCUCUCAAAAACAGCUCUGUUCACAGCGAGCCAUUUCGGUGCAUGUUCCUUUAAAUGCUAAUGAGCUGUGUUCACCCCUCCUCUCGCUUCAGUGGGGCGAUAAGCCACUCUCGUGAGACUAAACUUUAGCUACAUUAAGCUGCCAAACUUGCUAACUAGCACAUUAUCAGGAAAGGCGAUUCGCAAUGAUUCAUAAAAAAUAAAUGAAUAAAAACUUAUACUCACUUCAGUUGGUGAAGCUGGAUCGCAAACAUAGACGUUUAUGUAGAUUGGGGCACAUUAACUUCAAAAACAAAAUCAAGUCUUCAGAUGUCAGAGUAAAUGACGACUGCGGUGUUUAUAUUUACAUUCAAUUCAAGUUUAUUUGAAUAGUACUUUUCACGAUACCCAUCAUUGCAAAGCAGCUUUACAGAAAAUAUUAACUUUCUACAUUACAUUUAGGCUCAGGUUAUUGGUGGUGACUAUGGCAGAAAGGUUCAGUAAGAAUCAUGCAGUUAGUUACAAAUUACACGUAAUCAAACAGACAGUGAACACUUUUAACGGCAAUGAUUAUAUGUUGCGAUUAAACUUUGCAAUUGCAAUUAAACAUUGUGAUUAAGCAAAAUUCGGGAUGCAAGUCCCGUGACAGAAACAGAGAAGCAAACAGACAAAAUUAUUGUAGCUGCUAUUCCAUCUAAGCAAAGAUGAUGUGUUCAACCCAAGCAAAAGAAUGAAAAUGUGCAUUUGAUCAGAUAUAGCUGAAGUUACAUACAUUGUGUAAAUGCUUGGCUAAAAAAUUUCUUUAAUCUAGAUUUAAACCGAGAGAGCUUGUCUGAACCCUGAACGUUAUUAGAUCUAUUACGACAUCCAACUACUGUACUCCUCUAUCGCUUAGGUGACAGUCUUAGCUGGAGCCUGGUUCUUUGUGAUGUCACACAGCCAAGAAUUUGUACACGCUUUGAUCUGAGAAAGGGGUUAUGAUAUAUGGGGAUUAAAAUCAUCAUUUAUCAUUGUAGGGUGGUUGUGUUCACACACUGCCAACACACAAUUAAGUUCAAACAAUAUGUUAAAGUGAAUUUUGCAUCCAAUGACCCCUUUAAAUGUAUUAUUCAUUGUAUCAACAAUGUAGCAGUUUAGAGCAAAUCAGACAAUUUAAGAUUCAAACAGAACAGUGUUAAAACGCAAAGAGCUGAAUUCCACAAAGAGGCUCAAGACAACAGGUGAUCAUAAAUCAGAUCCCAUCACCAGCCUGAAGUAACCCUAACCAACCAACUCUUUCAACUGAGAACAGCUUGCUGCAUUAAAACAAAAGAACACUUACUGAUAAUUCAACUCAGGAAGGAGAUUGUCAAAUUCGGGGCAAGUAACCAAGAUUAAUGGUCAAAGAGACACACAGCAUGACCAUCACAUGUAAAUCCAUGAUAGAAAUCAAGAGCUAAAGACUUCCUCCGAAUGACUUCCACCUAGAAGACAAGAACCAGACUAAGAUUCUUUCAAGACCCUUUUGACCUUUUGUUCCUCACAGAACACACUCUCACAUUAACAGAACGACACAGAGAGUGCAUCAGAUCAAUCAAAAUGAUGCUAAAAAGACUAAUGAAGAAAUAGCAUUCUGAUGCAUAACUCCAUAUGAUGAAUGUAAACAACACAUUGGACUAUGAUGUUCUAAUCACUGAUUGUGUAUGUCAUUUUUAAUAACUAUUGAACAGUUCAUAGGUUUCUAUUCAUGUUUGGUAUGUUUGUGUUUGAGAAUUCAACAUAUCAUAUUCUUGUCAUAGAAAUCAUGUGUAAAUUAUACUCUGCUUGCGAUGGGAAAUUCAGACUUUGUGACUCGCUGAUUUGUGUAUUGGGAGGUGAAACAUUGCAACCCCCCGAAAUAAGACGAUGUCUAUUUGGUCAAAACACCUUUUGACAUGUGUCCCACUGAUGAGAUUAAAAACUCAGAACACCAACAAAUGUAGCAUUUUUGGGGUUUUUGCUACCAUUUUUUUUUCUUUUUUUUUUGGCUUUGUGCCUUUUUGCCACUGUUUUUUGUUCUUCAAGCUCUCUUCCAGCGGGCUUUGGCCUGCAUGCCUGCUGCUACUCAACCACCAUGAGUCUUUUAUCAGUUUUUAUUUCUUCUAGAUCAGUUUCUUUCUUUUCCUGUUUAGAGUUUUGUGUUCUAAGUUUUGCCACAAAGCCAUGUCAGACGUUGUCUGCACCAGCUUUAAAACCUCAACCAGCGUACACGACUCCACACCAUCCUUCAGCCAACACCCAAGACAUCACUUCCAAUGACUACUGAACUUCCAGCCAAUCAACAACCUACAGAAACCCCUUUCUGCAGCCAUGCCAUACAAAAUGAAUUCCCUUAAAAACAAAGGCAACACAAGCACAACCUCAAGAUUCUUGCUGAACUGGUGCAUUUAAUAUAAAGUUUAAUAGCCUCACGGAGAAACUCAAUGCGAGGGUUUCUUGAUUAAAGGCUCAGGUCUAAGCAAUUGCCUAUAUUGCUAUAAACAUGGGAUUUCACAUUUUCACUCUCGAACUCAUUCUUUCCUCACUUUAUUCUGCAACUUGUGUGAAUGUGUGAGUUUGUGUAAGAUUAGUUUACAUGUCUUUUUGACUAAUCCAAUAAAGUCUUGCGUACGUU